AUGGGUCACCUUCGCUUCAUGCCUCAGCCCGGCUGUUCCAUUCUGGCUCUGGUCUUUGCUGUGUUUCUGUUUCAGCUCGGCUCUCAGACGGCUGUCAUCAUGGCUCGCUGCAGGAGUUACUUACGGGGACUCUCCAUCUGCGUCACUGUGCUCUUGCUGUUGUCUGGUAUGGUGAUGAUCGGUGUUGGGUUCUCAUCAAUCGAAGGCAACGUACCUGUUGAAAAGCUCUUUGAGCAGCUCUCCAUCAGCGAUGGCCUCCUGGCGCUGAAGGUGUUCGGUCCAAUCACGGUGGUUCUGUCUGUUCUGGGCAUCAGUGCUGCAGUUUCAAACUACAAACCUUUGCUUCUGCUGUUCUCUGCUCUGAUAUUUGUGGAGUUUGUUGCUCUGAUGGUUGUCGCCUCACCAUUGGUUCAUGUUGAACCACAGAUGAACAGCGCUGUGGAUGACAUUUUCCUGAAUGUAACUCCUCUUCAUAGAGCUGAGCUUUACAUCCAGACUGAACUGCAGAAACUCCAGGCCUCGGAUUCCUGCUGUGGUUUGAGAAGUUUUGAAGAUUGGGGAAAACACCUUCCUGAUUCCUGCUCAUGUGCGCCAUCUGCUGACCUGAGCUCUCAGUCCAACAACUCCAACCCAGAGGGAUCCUGCAUGAUGGCCGAAAAUAAUCUUCAGGUUCCAGAGACGUCAACUAAAACCUGGGUUCACUCUAAGCCCUGUGGUCCCAUCUUAAAGAGCUACCUGGGCUUCCCAGUCAAACUCAGGAUCGGAAUCAUUUCUGCUCUCGCCACCAUUACGAUAACGGCCAUAGUUCUGUGCCUGGCUCUGGGCCUGGAGGAACACUGGAGGAAACCUCCGGUAGAGACAACAGUCGACGACUUCAACCGAGUGAAAUACCAGCCUAAACCUUCCCUUUCCUGACCUCCGACCCCCGAAUCAAACAGAGGAGAUGCUGAUGCCAAGAUGUAGCCUUUAAAUGCAGCUUGUGAGAACAACACAGGGAGUCCUAUGAAGUUAAGGAGUUAGUCAAUUAAACCAGAAACCGAUGGCGUUCGGUAGAUCCUGGUUCAGUAAGGCCUGCCUUUUAAAAAAGAAGAUUAGUUUUCUCCUUCGUGGCCUUAUUUUUUUUUUUUUAACUUUAGUUUUUUUACGGAUUUAUUUAUUAAAACACACAAAUGUGAUGAAAACUGAGUGCAAAAUUUAAAUUUACUGUGUAUUUUCUCAGUAAUUAAUAUGGAGUUAGGUAGAUUCAAACACCUCCACUAAUAAUUGGUAGUUUCCCUCAAAAGCUGCAUCUUGGUGAAAAGUUUGUGCUUUAGCUGGCAGGGAACUUCUGGUUGGAUAUCUCAACGCUUCUCUUGGCAGAAUUGGAGGAGUUAAUUAAAAUCUGAAGAUUUUUACUAGAGUUGGACCAUUAAUUAUGUUUGCAAUGUAAUCAGAGUAAAAAAGAAAAAAAAAACACUUCAGGAAUUGUCAUAUUGACAUUAUGGUUAGGAGGCACUUAAUAAGAAGAAUACGCUUUUCCAUUCUAGCCCUUUAGGUGGUGAAAGUCACACUUUGUUAUGCGAAGGCCAGAUUGUUUGGCCGAUUAAAGCAUAGCGUGCCCCUGAAGCCUGUUCAGAUUGGAAGACUCCUCGAAAGCAGCCUUCUUUUUGCCCGUCUGGAGGACAGGUCCAGUGUAUCCUACGUAGCCUUGGAUAUCCCAUGAUUCAUUGGGAGUCCAAGCAAGCCGGCUGCUCCUUGCUCAAAGGAAAAAGGCGCUUAACAGUGGUGAAUAUUGUAAGUACAGUUUAGUACAAGAGUGUGAAUAAUUCCACCUGAAAUUAAUGAAAACUGUCGUUAUGUGGCGGGUAAUGUGUAUCCAUUCUUUUCCUGCUCAGUACAUCAACUGUCAGGGUUGCUAGGCGACAGAGUGUAGGGAUGGUGACGGUGAGCAACCUGUUUACAGUAAAUCUAUAGCCAAACUCUUCUGGCCUCUAAAAAUACUCUGCACAAUUUAUACACUUCUUAUGAAUAUUUUGGGAAAUGAUUCGGACUUUCUUAUUUCAGUGUUACAUGUAUUUGGAUUUUAAUGUAAUUAUUUUGAGGCCUAAUCAACAUAAAUUCAUGAAAGUUACGUUGUCAUGGCAAUGUCAAGCAAACUAGAGAGUAGUAUCCUGCUCGUGACAGCAGACUAGAAAAUGUUUAUAGUUUAAUGACAGAAAUGAGGAGGAAAUACGGCACAGAAACUCAUUUCGGAUUCAACCGCUCAUCAGAGACUUUAUCUCCGCGACCUCAGAGCACCUGAAUAUUUGGACACCUGUAACCAUGCAGGGCAUCCUGCCUGUAGCUCCAAGUAGGAACAUGGUGCCACCAUGCACUUUCAUAUCUAUUGUGCAGUUUAACGUAACAAUAGUAUUUCACAGUGUUAUUUUGAUCUUGGUUUCUUGCUGUAAUGGAUAACUGUUCAAUAAUGUUUAAAUAAUAUAAUAAUAUAAUUAUUUCCUUGUGGUUUUGGGGCAAAAAAGAGUCAUGUGUGACAUUAACACAGUGACUCAGGUUCAUGCCAGCUGACCAAAUCUACGUUGUUAUAGUGUUAAUGCGAAGUUUAUUUAAUAGCGCAUAUAUUCACCUGAGAACUGAUAAUGUCUGUGUGUUACAGACCCUGGUUGUGUGCAAUAGUGGAUAUAACAAUAAAGUCGUGAAUCGCAAUCUAUCCUAUCAUAUUUUAAUUCGGCCUAUAGGCGCAUAGGUCUUUUGUCCAAAAGAAAUAAAAAAAGUUUACAGCACCCCAUGUUCAAAAGUGCUUCCAGUGGCCUUGGCUCUCAUGGUGUUAAUGCCUAAAAGAAUGUACAAAUAUCCAGCCAGAAAUGUGCCAGAAGCUUAUUGGCGGCUAUGAAAUGUGUUGUGCAAGUACAGCAGCAGAAGGUACAAACCAAGUAUCAGUGGGGCUGUAGGUGUUUACAUUAGUCUGUGUGAUUAUUGACCCUGUGUGGAGAAAAAAAAAGACACUUCUUACUUGUGCUCCUAUUGGUUUAAAAACAAACUAGUCUAUAAAAACAAAGAGCCUUAAAAUGAACGCAGCAGUUAUAAAAAAUAAGGGAUGAAAAUGUUUUCAGUCUGUAGUUAAUUUAACAAACUGUUUGUUUCUUUGGGUAAUCUGAUCUUAGACUGGAUAUAAAACACAAAGAGGUGGGGCUGAUAUCUGGCUGUUGUGUUUCUCAGCAGCUCAUUGGAGGUUUCUAAUGAUAAACCCUAAAUCUCUAGUUUUAUGCCAUUCUAAGUGGGAGGCAGAGUUGAAAGCCUGCUCAAGUUCGGUUCUUAUGGCAUCUUUAAUGAGUGUUCCUACAAUGUUUGCACAAUGAAUGUCAGAAC